UGCUUGCAAAUGGCGGCGCUGGUUAUUUGUCUGUGCUUCCUGCUCGGUGUGAUACCGGUGGGGGCGGGAACCCAGGUGUGUGAGUCCUGCCCGGGGGCACUCAGGAAUUCCUCCCAAGUCUCCCAGCUGUGCCGAGCGGCCCCCAAAGCCCGAACCCUUGGGCGCUGCUGCCUGGGGCACAUGGAUGGCAGUGAUGUUAUUAUUGGGCUGGACCUGUGGAACUGCUCUCUGGCUCAGCUGGACCCCACCCUGCACCUCACACAAGCGGCUGUAGUUCUAGACCUCUCCUCUAACCCACUGCGGGAUCUCCCCUCUGAGUUUUUCCGUGGCCUGUUGGGGCUGCAGUAUGUCGCUCUCCCUGCCGAGCUCAGCUGCCCCGGGGGCAAUAACUCAUGGGAAAAUGUGAAUGUGACUUCGGCUGUGAGAGUGUGCCAGGACCAGAGGAGCUCAUGUAACAGUACCAGCGAGUGGGUGCUGUGCCCAGAGAACUCUGUGUGCGCCCCAGAUGGGCCCGGAUACAUGCAGUGCGUCUGUGCCCCAGGAUUCCAUGGCUACAAGUGCCUCAGAGAGAGCACGUUUCCUAUACUGAUGUUCUUUGGGAUCCUUGGCCUGGUCACUGCCUGUCUGUCUGUCCUGCUGUGGUGCACUCAGCGCCGGAAAGUAAAGAGCCAAUGAGUGAGGAGAUGUUCCAGCAUUGCUCUGUCCUAUUCACUGACCUCUCACUGGGAUUGUCCUGAUUGGUCCUUGGCUACUUCAUGGCUUCCUGAUUGGCAACAAGGAACUUGGCUACUCCGUGGCUUCCUGAUUGGCAACAAUGAAUUGGCUGCUCCAUGGCUUCCUGAUUGGCAACAAGGACAUUGGCUGCUCCAUGGCUUACUGAUCAGAUGGACCUGGGCUUUCCAAGAGAUAUAAAUUUGAACUGGCCCAUGUGGAUGAGUGGCUGGCCCCAUCUCUGAGAUAACCAGUCCCAUUAGGCACGCGUGUAGGAGACUGCAGGGCGGCACUGUUACCCUGUGAGUGGGGCUGCUCUCAUUAUAGUGGAACAUUUAUAUAAAGCUAACGUUUCCCAGAA